AUGGAUCUUAUUAAAAAUUCAAAAUAUGAGCUCUUGAUUGCCGCAUACAAAAGUAGUCUUCAGAAGAAACACGUUCUUCAAGAUGUCGAAAUCACAUCACAACAACAGGGUGACGAUAUUUUCCGUGCAAUAUUCGAUGCUGGAACAAAACAGAACGUCAACAUCAAAAUGAUUGAGAACUAUGCUCCGAAAGAUAGAGGAGACAACAUUGAUGGAAAAAUUUUGGAGAAUCACAAUGCAAUCAAAAGGAAAUCACUUGAUUUUCAAAAACUAUUGGGCAGAGGUAAAAUGCACAGUAAGUUUAUCAUAUCUGACAAGAAACACGCUUAUAUCGGCUCAGCAAACUUAGAUUGGCGAUCAUUGAACCAAAAACUUGAAAUUGGAGUGUUGAUAAGUGAUUGCGGCUGUCUAGUGAAAGAUUUGGAAGGAAUUUUUGAUAAUUAUUGGAAUCUUCCAAGUCUUACUUUGGCGUCAGAAACACGUUACAACAUGGAAAACCCAUUGAAAAUCAAUAUCAAUGAAGAAGAAAGUGAAAUUUAUGUUGCGGUAAGAAGUUUAUAG